AAAACGUCGCAAUGGAACAGUUUUUCCGUAGCUCUCCCGUAGGUUAGAUGGCUUGUUUAAGUGUGGUUUUUUGGUGUACUUUAUGAAAAAAUGAAAAAAAGUUUGAUGUUUUAGCCAAUUUUAUAUCUCGGUUUUGUGUGGUCGCUACUCUUGACUGUCCUAUCGUAGGUAAUCGUUAACCAAUUGAAAAAAUCGUCUAAUUUCCGGGAAAUAAAUGCGUCGAGCAACUGAGAAAAAGCGUGAAACAAGUGGCGAAGCGUGGUGAAAAGCUAUGAGAAAUUAGUUCAAUGCUGCGAGCCUUGAGAGGAUUACAUAAAUUUUGUUUUCCCUCCCCAGUGGCGUCGGUGAAGAACGCAAGGCUCUGAGGGGAUAAGUGUGAAGGUAGUACUCGGUACUGCUCUAGUGCUCUGGAGUACAUUUAGCAAUGUAACCAAGUGUUUCAGCAAAUUGAUACCUUGGCACAACAGGAGCAAAAUAGUGCACAGGACAAGUGGCGAGAAUUAUUUUCUAUUUUUAUCCCUCUUCGGAUGAUUCGUGAUCCUGUGGUAGGCUAGGGUGCUGCUAAGAGUGAAAUUCAUCAAUCGGAGUGCUUUCCAACAGCAAACGGUCGGGAAUGGAUAUCGCAGCCUUUGCAUCGACGAUGGCCACCAAGGCAAGGGACCGAGCGAGCCAGCCAAAUGACCUGACCAGUGGGGAAACGUCCGGUUCGCUCAAUGGAGCCGCCACAGCCGAUGCUCGAGCAAUGAAGCUGAAGUCGUUCAUGGGGAAAACUCCAAGUGCAAUCAAAUCGAAGUUUUUAUCGGUGCUCGGCAACAGCACCGAAAUCAUCAAUGGGAUAUCGAACAAGAUCGACGCGGCACUAAGUUUGUCGUCCUCGGAGGACACCGAAACGACGGAGCAUCGCAAUCAGGCAAAGGUAGACAAUAUGCUGCGGAAAAAGUAUGAAGCGGCACAGUGGAAGCACCCAGACGAUCACAGCGAAAGCCAUCAAAUAGAUUUCGAACUUCGCCGAGCCAAAGAAAGAAGAGCCCACGAAGAGGUGCUUUCGGGACGAUACAGAAAUCCAGCAUUUAGCCAUCCAACUUCAAAUGGUAGUGCACAGCCGGCGCCCCCCGUGGAACGACCCCCAUCAAACAGUAUUAGCACCGAGUUUAGCCAUAGCAACUAUAGUAAUAAUUCCUGUUCGAUCGAUUCGAAAUCACCUCAGCCCCCUCCCGAUGGAGACAGCGACCUGGCAGUGGAAGUGGCCUCGAAAUCCGUACCAGCAGUGGAAGCAGUUCCGUCCGGUAUUCCCAGCAGUGCCUCCACCAGUGACAAUGAGUCCUGCGUGCUUAGUGCGACCCUGGAAUCUUCCGAGUUGAAGAUGUGGAUUCGGUCAGAAUCGGAAAACUCCGUGCCAUCUUGGGCCUCAUCAAUCAGUUUAGACAGCCAGUCGGAGGAAGCCAUACUGGAUUUUAUGAAGCGGUUCGUUAAAAUCCUAUUCCGAGAAAGCUCAUCCAUUACGCUGGAACUCAAGUCGGACUUUGGACAGUAUGCGAGGACGGAAACCGGUCGGCUAUGGUUCUCUCGGUUGGUGAACGCACAAAGAGCCAAGUCCAAGCGAGUAGAUGAAUCAACGUUCUACUCACUGAUCCAGUAUUUCGCGAUUGUUCUGUUCGAGUGUGCUGAAAGCGAAGAUUUCUCUCCAGCCAAAACCCUGAUGAACAUGUGCUUUACAUUUUACCAUGAUAUUGAUGUUCCUGGUUGUGAACCGUACCGCGAGUAUUUGUACACGUACCUUCGGGAUCAACCGAUUUGGCAUUCGUUACGCUUCUGGAAUGCAGCCUUUUUCGAUGCUCUUCAAACGGAGCGCCAGCACCAUCCGGUUCCGCCUACAAAACUUACCUCUAUGACGAGUACGGCGUCUCAACAACAACAACAACAACAACAGAAUAAAAACGAAGAAGCGACUAGCAGUAAUACCCUGGUGGUACCUGAAAAUGAACGGUCCUCGUCUACCAGUGCCUGCGAUCGAACGGAUCCUUUCGAGUUAAACGAGGAUAAGAAGUACCAUCAAAAUCUUAGCUUUGGACAACUGGGGAGUUUCACAUGCAAUAUGCAUGCAUUUGGUUUAAGUCGAGAGCUUUGUUAUGAGUUUCUAAUGAAGCAGUGUGUCAUUGCAAACCUAAAUAAUGAGCAACAAAAACUUCUCAAGGACAACAUCGACAGGAUGUACCGUGAAACGGAUCCAUGGCGUGAAAACUAGAGAGCUAGCUCGACAACAACACCAAGCAACACGUGGCUGUUAUCAAGUGUUUCAGAGUAGAGAUCUGAUUUUUUGGCUAUAAUUCACUCAUGGUUUUUCUCCUAAUCUUAAACAAUUGUAUAUCCUUCAUACUUGAACGUUGAAUAAUUUUAAAAAAGUGCAACAAACUUAACCGUUUAACCAGUGGUUACCAAAUCUCGUACGGCAAAAAGGAGAAGCUUUAUUAAUUGAUAGAGAAGAAAGGGGACAGUGUUUGUGAUAUAUUUGUGAUUUUAGCCGAGGAGCACCUGUUGAUAUUUGUUACGUUGUUUGUAUUUUUAUAGAGCGGAGAAAGAGACUUUAAAUCGAAGAAUAACGCAUAGUUGGUUUACUAAAACAACCAUUUAGGCCAUACCCGUCGUCGAAGAAUGCAACUACUAGCAGAUUUAGACCGAUAAGUAUUUUCUAUACAUUCCUGUCUCGAAGAACGAAUAAGGACACACACAAAUAGUAUAUCAGAACAGAAAAAAACAUUUCCAAUGGUAGGUGAUUCGAAAUAUGAGAAGGUGUGAAAUGAAAGAGCAGUGUUAAACAUGAAGUGACAAUAAAGCAUGCAAUUAAGGUUGUAAUGCUUGGCGGUAGUUAAAAGAUUCAGUAAGCUUGCAGCGAGACACGGAGUGUCACCUUAUAUUUAAUAUGCUUUUAAUAGUUUUAUCAUAGAUAAGAUAAUGCAAUGACAACAAGCAAUAGUUAUAAGUGGAAUGCGACCCGGUUGUUGGAUUGAUUUGCAUGGUAUGGGACUAAACUAUAGUGACGAUUGAUAUUUCCAGCUCUACAAAUUGUGUUACAAGUGAUGGCAGGUACCACGAAAAUAAUAAUGAAAUAAAUUUGAAUUUGACCAACUA